AUGCAGAUUUAUUCUUCUCCUUCUUCUACAAAAUUGACCAAUCUCCAUGUGAUAAGAUCGAGUAGUCAUCCUCAUCCAUGGAGACAUAACUAUAACCUAAAGCAGCUUUUUGUUCCAAGCUCAUGUCCAAACCUCUCUGUUUCAAACUCUCAACAGCUUCCUUUGAACCAAAGUGUUGCGGCGAUAGUGUUUGGAGGAGGAUCAGACUCUGAGCUUUAUCCACUGACCAAAACAAGAUCCAAAGGAGCAAUUCCCAUUGCAGCUAACUACAGACUUAUCGAUGCAGUCAUCAGCAAUUGCAUCAACAGUGACAUCACCAAGAUCUACGCAAUCACUCAGUUUAAUUCCACUUCUCUCAAUUCACAUCUCUCUAGAGCUUACAGUGGAUUCGGACUCGGAAAAGACAGAUUCGUUGAAGUCAUCGCCGCUUAUCAGAGCUUGGAAGAUCAAGGAUGGUUUCAGGGAUCUGCUGAUGCGAUAAGAAGGUGUUUGUGGGUGUUUGAAGAGUUUCCAGUGACUGAGUUCUUGGUUCUUCCUGGACAUCAUCUCUACAGAAUGGAUUACAAGACGAUAAUCGAAGAUCAUAGAAGAAGCAGAGCGGAUAUAACCAUUGUUGGACUAAGCUCUGCUACAUACCAUGACUCUGGUUUCGGUCUAAUGGAAGUUGAUUCCACAAAUCUCGUCACUCGAUUCACUAUCAGUCCUGAAAAGGGACAACAAGAUUUGAUCUCCGUGGAGAGUGGAAAAAGCAGAGGAAAUGAUGGAACUUCUUCUUGCUAUGUCCCAAGCACAGGGAUUUACGUGAUCGGUCGAGAACAGAUGGUGAAGCUUCUGAGAGAAUGUUUGGUAAAAGCUAAAGACAUGGCCAGUGAAAUCAUUCCCGGUGCGAUCUCUCAAGGAAUGAAGGUGAAAGCUCAUAUGUUUGAUGGAUAUUGGGAAGAUGUGAAGAGCGUUGGAGCUUACUAUAGAGCUAACAUGGAGAGUAUUAAGAGUUGCAGAUUCUACGACAGACAAUGUCCUCUGUACACAAUGCCUCGGUGUUUGCCUCCAAGCUCAAUGAGUGAAGCUUUAAUAACCAACAGCAUUAUCGGAGACGGUUGCAUUCUCGAUAGAUGUGUCAUCAGAGGAUCGGUGGUGGGAAUGAGAACGAGAAUCUCAGAUGAAGUGAUUGUAGAAGAUUCGAUCAUCGUUGGUUCUGAUAUCUAUGAGAUGGAAGAAGAUGUGAUGAGAAGAAAAGGGAAGGAGAAGAAGAUAGAGAUUCGAAUAGGAAUCGGUGAAAAGAGUCGAAUAAGAAGGGCCAUUGUCGAUAAGAAUGCCAGGAUUGGUAAAAACGUUAUGAUUAUCAACAGAGACAAUGUUGAAGAAGGAAACAGAGAAGCUGAAGGAUACUGUAUAAGAGAGGGAAUCAUUGUCAUACUUCGAAACGCAGUGAUCCCAAACGACUCCAUCAUCUGA